AUGUUUCCUGGCCCCCAUGGACCCCCACUAUUACCUCUACCUCCUGGUCCCCCCAUGAUGGACGGACCUCAUGCUCGUUUGAGAAGACCCCCAGGACCCCCUGGGGGACCUCCGUUCAUGCCUUUCGGACCAAUGGACCCGAUGAUGAAAAAAUGGAACGUCAAUAAUCAAAUGAACUCACAACCAGCAGCCAAGCUCACAGCUAUUUAUUGUUUACAAACUUUAUUUCAAAAUGGUGUACUUUUAGGAGAUUUGUUUCCAAAUUUUAAAGCAGACACGACUAUAGGGAACAUUGAAUUUCAUGAAUGGAUUGGGAAUGGAUGGGCAGUACUAUUCUCGCAUCCGUCAGAUUUCACUCCGGUGUGCACAACUGAACUAGCCAGAGCUGCUCAACUAGUUCCUGAAUUUGAAAAAAGGAACGUAAAGAUCAUUGGACUUUCAUGUGACACUGUUACUUCUCAUAACCUAUGGAUACAGGAUAUAAAGAACUAUGGUGGACUGACGUGUGACAAUUUCCCUUAUCCGAUAAUCUCGGAUGCCGAUCGCACAUUGGCUGUACAGCUGGGCAUGCUGGACCCAGUAGAAAAGGACGCCGACAAUCUGCCUCUCACUUGUCGAGCGAUCUUCGUCAUUGAUCCUCAUAAGAAACUACGACUUUCCAUUCUCUACCCGGCCACUACUGGCAGGAAUUUUGAUGAAAUUCUGCGGGUCAUUGAUUCAAUGCAGCUGACCGACACGAAGAAAGUGGCUACACCUGUUGAUUGGAAGCAAGGAGGCGAUUGUAUGGUACUGCCAACCGUCAAGAAUGAAGAGAUCAAGGACCUGUUCCCGAAGGGGAUCAGCAACUACAUGCUUCCAUCCGGCAAACAAUACAUUCGCACCACUCCUCAACCAUAGAGUGCAUUACAACACCAGAGAAUCAAUGGUUGUUACCAUAGAAUAGAUGACAACACCAUAGAGUCAAUUGUAAAUGGUUUACAACACGAUAGAGGUUGUAACUGAUGGAUUACAACACCAUAGAAUAGGUUUUUGUGUGUGAUUAGUCAAGUUGAAAAUAAAGUGCCUUAAUAUUUUGUAAAACGUUAUGAAAAAAUAAUUGUCUUUGAUUUUUGUUCAAGAGUUAAUAUACCCAGUAGGAUUAAAGAGAUUGAAAGAAAAUGCUGAACAAAUUCACGUGUGUUGAUUUUCGUUUAGCAGUUAAUAUUCCAAUUAGAUUCUAAUAGUAUUAAUAUUGAAAAUAAAGUGCCUUAAUCUUUUGUAAAAAGUUAUGAAAAAAUUGUCUUUGAUUUUCGUUUAAGAUUUAAUAUUCCCAGUAGGAUUAAAGAGAUUGAAAGAAAAUGCUGAACAAAUUCA